GUUAGUCGGUCUGCAACGCUCCGUCAGGGCGCUUACGUGCUGUAACUUGGCCCUCGACCGCGUAACACAAGCACCCUUUGCUUGAACUGUCACGCGAUAUAAAAAAUAACUAUUUAUUAAAAUAUACCGUACAUAAAAAUGUGACGAUAAAUUUCACUUCUGGUGCAAUGCAGUGCGCAUUCUAGUGAAGUGUAAUAUGAUAACAACCACCUGGGCGACCAGAUGAGCAAUUUCAGUGUGACCAGGAGCGGAUUAAGGCCACGAAAAUUGCUCCCCACGGCAGCCCGGCGCGCGCCUACAUCGCAUACCACAAGCUCGGCGCAGCGAUGGAACCUCAAACAGCCACGCCGCAGACCGAAUGCGAAUGCGGUGUGCACCCAUCGGUAUUCUACCUAUUGGCCACCCUGCUACUUACCAGCUGUUCCACGGCGAUGCUGUGCGCAUCCAUCAUGACAGACCACUGGGAGCACGUGGUGUGGGAGCGUGCAGCCCUCGCCACCCUCGCCAACACCUCCAACACUGCAUUGCAGUGGCUCCUCGAUGACAAAGUUGCCAAGAUUGAAGACGCAAAUAAUAAAAAAGGAGGAGGUACUUUUUUAGUACCAAUGAACGGUGGAAUUUGGACCAUGUGCGUCUCUCUUGAAGAGGAAGAAGUGUCGAUAUUAUCAAGAGCUGGUUUUCCAACACAACCCCUGUGCACGAAUUAUCUAGCAAACACAGACACAGAUGACGAGCCGAGAGCUGACUGGCAACACCGUAUGCAGAACCUAUCCAUAUCCUGUGCUUUAGUGUGCCUGAUAGUACUUGGGAGCGCGGCACUAGUUGGUGCAUUCGGCGUUUGUAAACACCAGAUCAGCGCUGUCCUCGUCACCGGGGUCAUGUACUUACUGGCUGGUCUGUUUGCAAUGUUCACAUUGAUGAUCAUUCACUUCAAACGCAUACAACGAGUGUCCACAAGAGGCAGUUCGCAUAUAGACGACACCGGAGAUGGCUUGGUGGGACCACAAGCACCCGCCAUUCCUCUACUCUCCGCCAGGGAAUUCUAUAACUCCUGGUCCCUUGAGCUCGGCUGGGGAGGCGUCGUGUUAGCAACAACUACAUCCCUACUUUGGAUAUUGCUAUCGAAAAUAAUGAGAUACAAUCCCAUCUCAGCUAUGCUGUUGUAAAAAAAACAAAUAUCUUCCCUGUUAACAUUUUUAGUCAAUUAAACAUCGAUUUUAAUACAGUUUACAUUAUUGUCAAUUUCUAUUAUCGGAAGAUUGUCACAUACUACAUUGCAAUGUUUGAAUUUUAAUAUCAUGUAUUGAAAUUCUAUAAAAAAAAAAACAAACAUUUACUAUCAAUUUAAUUUUAUCGUUGAAUCGUGCUUUUAAAAAGCUUUAGACUCUAAAAUUUAGACGAUCGCCGAGCUUGCAGCCGUCCAAUGCUAUAUAAUGUUAUCGUUAUUGUAUCUCCUUUCUAAGGCGCCCAUUAGACGAUACAAUCAUUGCCAAUACGAGUCUGUUGCGAGAACCUCGGUAAGGAACGCAUUCCCAUAAUUUGAACGUUUGUGGAAAGAUAUUCAAAAUAUAAUAUUUAAAAGAAUGUUUCAUAUAGCUGAGUGGCACUAUUUUAGUUAUUUCUUUUCCUUUUUGUUUAUUGUUAAAUAUUUUUGUAAUUAAGUAUGUAAUUAAGCACUAAAUAAAUAUUUCUUUCUUUAUUUUUAUAUUCCUCUGAAACUAGCCAUUUAUAUGCCAAGAGUUAUAGGAGCAGUAGGAUUGUAAAAUAUGUUCUUACGCUUUAAUCGAAUUAUUCUUGAAAAAAAAUUAAACAAAAAAAAAUAUAAAGUUACCAGAAAUACAUAGCAGUGACUGAUACUCUAAUGGACGCCUUUUAAUAUUUUAUUAUAAUCUAUUUUACUUUAUCGUGUUGCUAAAACGACAUAAAAUUUAUAUGAUUCAUGGUUUUUACUACUUGUAUACGUAGCUACGAAAUUCACCAAAAUUAAGAAACAGCAGUUUAAACCUCUACUAUACAUACUAUAUAGGAUCAUAAUUAUUUGUCACAGGCAUACCCUCACUUAGAUAUGCCCAAUUAGAAACAAUGCGAUACUCUUCGCCAGAAUCUCUAGUAAUAGAAAAGUACGUAGGUACUUACGUUUUAAUUAGAUAUUGAAAUUUAGAAUUAAAUUCGAUUAUUUAAGAACAAAAAAUAGAUUUUCUAAAAGUUAAUGUUACCAUUUUAAAAUAUCACAACUUAGUAUUAGUUCCAGCCUUUAGAAUACAAAAAAAAAAAAAUCUUUUAACACAUACAAUAAAGUUUUAUAGGAAAUAAAUUGAUUUUUUUUAGGAAUAGGUGCGAAGACAUUUGAAAGUUAGGGCCCUUGAUGGAGGUUACAGAAAUAUUAUAAAAUUUUACAGACUACAAACUAUAACUAAGUACAUAGAAUGAAACACGAGGCUUAUAAGUACAUAAUAAUACUUAUUUAUAUUAUUAUUGUUAAAUGGAAUAAAAGGAACAAUUAUUUUGUGCGCGUUUUGGAAUGAUAUGGUGCUGUAAAAAUUUAGUUAAUUUUGUGAUUAUACAUAGUUUGAAAAAUAAAAAAUAGAACCAAUAUAUUUAUAAAUAUAAUAGAAUUUAAUAAGCACAGAAUUAAAUAUGUAUGCAGAAUAAAUCACAUAUACUCUGAAAGGAGUGCAAUUUGCCAAGUAAACGUACAGGGACCUUUGCUCAGAAUUAUAUGAGAUGUCUAUAUUCUUUCUUUUUUUAUUUAUUUUAAUUAAAUAUAUAACUAAAACCCAAUAUAUAAGAUGCAUAUUUUUAUGUAUGUAAGUAGUAAUAUACCUACCUAAAAUAUAUUGCAUGUUAUUGCCUAAGUUAUUCUAAUUUUCUCUAAAGAUACCUAGUAAUAUCAUAUUAGUAGAAUCAAUAGUAAUACUUAAAUUCCUGAAAACUAUAAUUACGUACUCGGAAUAUCUAUUUGUAUUCUUAAUAAUUAUAAGCCAGUCUUAAAUAUAUUCUACGUCGGGGCAUUAAAUACAACACUGAGGAAUCAAAUCAACAAUUACUAAAACAAUAUUUAAGUUUAAGAAAUUCAUCGGCUUUUGAACAACUUCAGACUAUCGAUACAAAAAAAACUUAAAACAAUAUAUAACCAAAGAUAAAAGAAGUAAAAAUCAUAAUAAUAAAUAUAUAAAUUAUACUACAGGUACCUAAAGUAUAUAAUCAUUAUAUUUUGGCAAAUUGCAGUUCCGAGUAUGAUGUUACAACUUUUUGUGGAGACAUGCAUUUUUACAUGUAUACUUAUUUUAUAAAUAUCUGCUCACCUUGUGUUCAAAGUCACAUCUGGAUCUUGUUCGUAUAUAAUUAAUUUUAAUUGGAGUUAAAAAGUUACAUGAGAAUCACUUAGCCGGGGAAUGGCUCUUAUUACGCAAAUAAUUUUUAACAGUGUAGCGAGAAUGAGGUAUUUGCUUAUGUAUAUUAGCUUGACAUUGUUAAAUUACUUUUUAUUGUUAGGAUGACAUAUUGUUUAAACAAUAAAAUUAACAUGAUGUUGUUGAUAAAAUCGUGCUAGUAUAGUCAACGUUAAAAGUCGAUGAACACCUAUAGAUAAAUUUCCAAAACCUGUAAACAUCGUUGCGUACAUAAGUAGCUUAACAAGUUUGGCGCCAGAAUUGGGUAGGCAUCGUAUAAAUUCAAAAUUAGUUAAAUACCCAUAUAAACUGGCUAACCAUUGUUAGCAACACCGGCCUACAAAUUUGUAAUUAUUAAAUUGGCAACACUGGUAAUGCAGGAGAUUCUAUUCCCGCCCUUUUUAUUAUAUUGAUUCAUUGCAUUACAUAUCGUGUACUAUUUCGUUCGAACUAUAUAAUUGAAGAGUUUGAGUCCCACCAUUCAUCAGCUCAUCUAACUACCAGCUACAGUCCACUCCAAAAUGUGGUCCUUACAUUUAGUUCAACACCCAUAAUGUAUGCUACGGAGUAUUUUUUUUUUAUACCUACAACUUAGAAUGGCAAACAACAAAAUGUAUACUGAAAGGAAAAAGUGUUUAAAAUCUUAAUGUGUUCAUUAAUUUUUGAUGUUAACUAUGCCUAUUUAUACAGAAUACCUAAACUGUUAACUAGAAUUUUCGAUAUAUAACAAAAAACUUGUAUUGACACUGAAUUUUGCACAAACUAAAACAUUUAUUUCACAUAAAGUUAACUGUUAUAUAGCAAGUACUUAAAAUGUUAAAAGAACCUAUAUAUAAUAUAAACUUUAUGUAAUCUAUAGGCACAGUGUUUAUCUAAUGUAAAUAUACAUACUUUUUUUAUAUACAUAAACUCUUAAAACAAAACAAGGAUAAUAAUCACUAAAUAAAGUAAAAAAACUGUAUUCUAUAAAAUAAUAUUAAAUACAAAUAUUACAACUGAAUAUAACAAUUCAUCAGCAACAAUCAAAAUGGCGGCCAUGUUAUUUUUGCUUCCCUUAAGAAAUGUGCCGCCCUUUUUAAUCUUUAGACAUAGUCUCUCUCAGUGGCGGAUUAACGGUGGGAGUGAAAGAGGUGAUAUAAUUUUUUGUGGAUUUUGGAAUUAUAUGGCCCGCCCCGGGCCUCCGGUCUUAGAGGGUCUCUAAAUGCCUCCAUUUUCUAUAUUUAAGUCUAAUUUAAAGUACACAGUACACUCUUUGAUACUUAUGAUACCUUUCAUGUCUAUAGGCGACAGUUACCACUUUCCAUCGAGUUGUAGUCAGUUAGUUUCCCAUUCUAAAUUUCAUAAAAAAAGUAUCACUUAAACACUUAUACAUACAAAUGUGAACUAAAUAAAAAGCUUGUAAAAUUAUAUCAAUUUCUUAAAUUGGGAGCCUCAUUCGCUUUACUGCCCCAGGCCCUAUGGCAAACUGAGCCCGCCACUGGUCUCCCUGUUUAAAUGUUCAAAGUUUAUUCUUACAAAAAUGCUCAUUUUUUGCAUGUUGCAAAAAUGAUUUAGUACAAAAACCCUCAUCCCCUUCUAUUAAAAACAACGAAACAACGCAAACGCUGUGCCUAAAACGCUCGUUAUUUCACGCGACAUAAAUUUUACGAGAAUAAUAAAAAAAUAUAAUUAAAUAAAUGAUAAUACGCUUUACGCACUUUUAUGAAAAGGCGUUAUUUGAAUUGUGAUGUUGUAUAAAGUUUAUUUCAAUUCAUGUUGUUUGUUCGACGAUUUUGUUGAAUGUUCUUUUGUACUUUGCAUAAAGCAAUAUUAUUU